AUGUUUCUUUUCGCAGACCGCCAAAUGCAAUCUUGGAGCCUCUCACACUGAACAACUAUAUAUAUAUAUGUAAACCAAAUUUAAAGACAUCGCCCUUCGAUUCCGCAAGGCAUUCUGCUUUUUAGCGGGAAAACGCAGACGAAGAAUACUAGAGGGACAUUUCUCGUUUCUACUGAAAAAUUUGGUGGUAAUGGCAAAUAUUGUUGAUCAAGAUCAGCAAUGGCUGCUCAACUGCUUGAAUGCAACACUGGACACGAAUCAAGAUGUCCGGUCAUUUGCUGAAACAUCACUGAAUCAGGCUUCCUUGCAACCAGGUUUUGGAGCUGCUUUGUGCAAGGUUACUGUAAACAAGGAACUACCAUUGGGACUGCGUCAGCUAGCAGCAGUCAUCCUAAAGCAGUUUAUAAAAAAGCACUGGCAGGAAGAUGAGGAGGCUUUUGAACAUCCUGUUGUUUCAAGUGAUGAAAAGGCAGUUAUACGUCAACUACUUCUUUUUUCAUUGGAUGACCCUCAUGGAAAAAUCUGCACAGCGGUUGGAAUGGCUGUUGCAUCCAUUGCGCAUUAUGAUUGGCCAGAGGAGUGGCCAGACUUAUUGCCUUUCCUUUUAAAGCUGAUUGGUGACCUGACCAACAUGAAUGGAGUUCGUGGAGGUCUAAGAUGCUUGGCUCUUCUCUCUGGUGAUUUGGAUGAUACAGUGGUGCCAAAGUUAGUGCCUGUUUUGUUCCCUUGUUUGCAUACAAUUGUAUCAUCUCCCCAGAUCUAUGAUAAACAUUUGCGUGCAAAAGCCCUUUCAAUAGUUCACUCUUGCACUUCCAUUCUUGGGGCAAUGAGUGGUGUAUAUAAGGCAGAAACUAGUGAUUUGAUUCUACCAAUGCUCAAAUCAUGGAUAGAUCAGUUCUCCAUCAUCUUACAAUCUCCAGUGAGGUUUGAGGAUCUUGAUGAUUGGAGCAUCAGGAUGGAGGUUUUGAAAUGCUUGAAUCAGUUUGUGCAGAAUUUCCCCAGCCUUACAGAAGCAGAGUUUUCUGUUAUUGUGACACCUUUGUGGCAAACAUUUAUAUCAUCUUUAAAAGUAUAUGAGGCAUCAUCAGUUCAAGGUACAGAUGAUCCUUAUCUGGGAGGUUAUGACUCGGAUGGUGCAGAAAAAGGUCUUGAGUCCUUUGUCAUUCAGUUGUUUGAAUUUUUAUUGACCAUUGUGGGCAACUUCAAAUUGGUAACGGUCAUAGCGAGAAAUGUCAAAGAGUUGGUGUAUUAUGCUAUUGCUUUUCUGCAAAUGACAGAACGACAGGUACAUACCUGGUCAUUGGAUGCUAACCAAUAUGUUGCUGAUGAGGAUGACAUUACCUACAGUUGCCGUGUUUCAGGAAUUCUCCUACUGGAAGAGUUGAUCGAUUCUUGUGGGAAAGAAGGUAUUGAUGCUGUAAUUGAAUCCGCUAAGAAACGGUUUACUGAGUCUCAGCAAGAAAAAGCUACUGGUUCUACAGGCUGGUGGAGAAUACGGGAGGCCACCAUAUAUACUUUGGCUUCUCUGUCAGAGCAAUUGCUUGAAGCACAGGAUUCAGGAUCAACUGGGUUCAGCAUUGGGAAUGUAAUAGAGCAAAUACUCACUGAAGACAUAGGAACAGGGGUACAUGAAUAUCCCUUUCUUCAUGCACGGGCAUUUUCAGCAGUUGCAAAGUUCUCCUCUGUGAUCAGCCAGGGAAUUUUGGAGCAGUUUUUAUAUGCGGCAAUUAAGGCGAUAAGUUUAGAUAUUCCACCACCAGUUAAAGUAGGUGCUUGCCAGGCCCUUUCUCAGCUCCUACCAGAAGCAAACAAAGGAGUUCUUCAGUCUCAUAUGAUGGACCUAUUUUCAUCCCUAACAGAUCUUCUUAAGCAAGCAUCUGAUGAAACGCUGCACCUGGUACUAGAAACACUGCAAUCUGCAGUUAAGGCAGGUCAUGAAGCAGCAGCAUCCAUAGAGCCUAUUAUCUCCCCAAUUGUCCUUAACAUGUGGGCAGAAAAUGUUUCAGAUCCAUUCAUUAGUAUUGAUGCUGUUGACGUUUUGGAGGCAAUCAAGAAUUCUCCUGGGUGCAUUCACCCUCUAGUGUCUCGGAUUUUACCCUCUAUUGGGCCUAUAUUAGAAAAACCUCGGCAGCAGCCUGAUGGGUUAGUGGCUGGGUCUAUAGAUCUUGUAACUAUGCUAUUGAAAAAUGCUCCUAUUGACAUCAUGAAAGCAGUGUAUGAUGUCUGUUUCAAUUCUGUUAUCCAGAUAAUCCUCCGAAGUGAUGAUCAUAGUGAGAUGCAGAAUGCCACAGAAUGUUUGGCUGCUUUUGUGUCUGGAGCAAAGCAGGAUGUGCUUGCUUGGGGUGGUGAUCCAGGUUUUGCAAUGAGAAGUCUGCUUGAUGCGGCAUCUAGGCUUCUUGACCCUGUUCUGGAAAGCUCUGGAUCGCUUUUUGUUGGGAGCUACAUUCUGCAGCUUAUUUUGCAUCUGCCUUCAGAAAUGGCACCACAUAUUCGAGACCUUGUGGCUGCUAUUGUGAGACGCAUGCAAUCUUGUCAAAUAGCAGGCUUGAAAAGCUCAUUACUCCUUAUUUUUGCUAGACUGGUCCAUUUGAGUGCACCAAAUGUUGAACAGUUCAUUGAUUUAUUGAUCACAUUGCCCACUAAUGGCCAUGAGAACUCCCUGGCUUAUGUGAUGUCUGAAUGGACUAAGCAGCAAGGUGAAAUUCAAGGGGCCUACCAAAUUAAAGUUACGACAACUGCUUUAGCCCUAUUACUGUCCACAAGGCAUGCUGAACUGGCAAAAAUUUAUGUCCAGGGGCAUCUUGUUAAGACUACUGCAGGAAUAACCACUCGCUCAAAAUCUAAAGUAGCUCCAGAUCAAUGGACUGUGAUGCCACUCCCUGCAAAGAUCCUGGCAUUGUUAUCAGACGCGCUAAUUGAGAUUCAAGAGCAAGUUUCGGCUGACAAUGAUGAGGAUAGUGACUGGGAAGAAAUUCAGGACAGGGAAGAAGACGAUAACCAGCAUUUCCUAUAUCCAACUAGUACAUCAUCCUACAGCAGGCCUACCGCUGAACAUCUAGACGCAAUGGCAAAAGUAUUUAAUGAGGACCAGGAUGAAAAUAAUGAAGAUGACCUACUAAGUGGAGUUGACCCUCUUAAUGAGAUUAACCUGGCAAAUUACAUUAUCGAUUUCUUUGUGAAGUUUUCUAGAACUGACAGGACAUUGUUUGAUCAGCUUUGCCAGAGUCUAACACAGGCUCAACACAAUGCCAUGCAGAUGGUUCUAAACUGUUAAGAGUGCCAAAAAACUGUACAUAAUGAGUUUGGGUGAGUGUAACUAAUAGCAUAUUCAUUUUUUUGACCAUUUUUAUAUUUGUAAUUCCAAAACCUAGCCUUAAAUUAGUAAAGGCUGUUCUUUGGAUU